CGGAUAUUCUGUGGCGAAGCUCUGUAGCUUUAAACUGGAGAAGAAAGUGCAUAUACCCAUGACCAAUAUGAGCUCGAACCCUCCUUCGUAACUCUCUUAAAUGGCAAUGCUGUCAGUACCAGACGUAGCCACACUCGACCCCGAUCUCAAAUUUAGUUGAACUACGUGAUUGGUUACGGCCGCGUAAGUAGGGUUACGGAACCAUUUGCUCUCCGGGUAAGCUGAAACUACGUACUAAACACUUAGUGAAGCGUUGAGAAAUAGCAAGUACAAGAAAAUGGAAGGAGGAGGAACUUCGGAGGCGAAGGAAAACGUGAAGGAAAAGCUGAUCAACUUCAUGGAAUCAGAAGUGGAAACUCUGCAUGUUCCCACCACAUCGCCCUACAUAUACAAAGUUUCCAAAGAGCUUCGCCAAGGGCACGCCAAAGUCUUCGAGCCGAUAUCGAUCUCCAUAGGCCCUUUGCACCACGACGACAAGAGUCCAGCCCAGGAAUUCAAGAAAUGGUACCUGAAAAACUUCGUGGAUCGACUCAAAGAUGCUGGUGUCGAUAAAUAUAAGCUUGCGGAAGUGAUGAGCAGCCUGGAACCACAUAUUCGCCAAUGCUACAGAGAUAUCGAUGAACAGCUGGCGAGGGACAAGUUAGUGCAGAUUAUGCUGCUCGAUGGCUGCUUCAUCAUGGACCUGCUGUUGAGCCAAGAGUCUAAAGACUCCAAUGACAGUCUCGUGGGAAGAUCAGAGAAAGUGUCUGUCCAUACUUUGCAGCAAGAUCUCCUCAAAAUUGAGAACCAGAUACCUUUCUUCGUUCUUGAAACUCUUUCAGAUUUGACAUGGACUAACCAGGAACCGCCUCCACCACAAGGCAACACGAAAAGCAAUAAACAGAAAUUAAUCAGUUUAGCUCUCGAUUUUUUCGGCGUGGAGUUAAAAGACACCACAAUUGAUAAUCCCAGGCAUCUGUUGGACCUUGCUUUGAAAUCCUUAUUCCAUGAGAACCAAGAUUCUUCACUCCAACAAGAUUCUCGUUCGAUCCAAGUGAGCCAUGACAGCUCCCUGACCGAGGCUAGAAGUGCAUCAGAGCUAGAAAUGUACGGGAUCCAGUUCCAGCCUGGCGACCGUAAGAACCUGACGAAGGUCGAAUUCAAAAACGGGGUAUUGACAAUUCCUCCACUUGUGAUUCAAGAAUCCACAGAGGCAAUGUUCUGGAAUUUCCUGAUCUUUGAGAUGUCGUCUUGCAAGUCCCGAAUCUUCACGUCUUACGUUGUCCUAAUGGACACCCUCAUCAAUAAAGAGAAGGAUGUCGAGCUGCUUUUAGACUCCAAGAUUUUGGUGUCCAGGCUAAAUGACAUCAAGAGCCUGGUUUCAUUGUUCAAUGAUUUGUCAACGACUGUCAGUCAGAAAGACUUCUAUUUUGAGCCACUUAUAGAGAAGGUUAAUCGAUACUGCCGGUCCGGUUGGCGUCCGCAGAGAGCGUACUUAGUGCAGAACUACUAUGACGCGAGGUGGGAUGUGCUCAACAACAUUCUUCUCUUCAUUUUCACCGUAACUCAAACGUUGUUUUCUAUCCUGUCGUACAAGCCGAAAGGGUCGUAAUUAUGAUAUAUACCCUCUCUUACGUUUGUCUAAA